AUGGAUGGUAAAAAAGUUACGCAACAGGCUAUGGAUCGGAAAAAGCAAAAAACAGUAACCACUCCUGUAUGGAGACCAGUCUCUACUCAAUCCAGUUCCUACGAGGGUGAGAUACCAGAAGUUCGAGAUUCCAUUGAAGCAUCAUAUAACCACUCAUUUUAG